GUUCUCGCCGCCUUCCUACUCCAUGGUCGCACGCUGCUUCUGGCGGCAGCUUUACCUGACAGCCUCUUGCCCGCCAUGGACCCCCGCUUCCCCCCUUCAGACCGCGCCGAUCCCACAACUCCCUCGACCUUUCCCCAGCUCGUGCCCCAGAACCUUGGCCAGCAGGGCCAGGGCCAACGCAACUACUUUCAUCCACGAUUCCAGUACCCGCAGCCAGCUUACGACCACGAUCUUUCCACCCAAAAUACCGGCCCGAGAUCCAGCACUCCCAUCGAUCCCAAUAACGGCCUUGCACACCAGUUCUCCUACCAGAACCUAGAGGGGGGAGGUGCCGCUCGCGCAGUCCAGCAAGGCAAUGCUCCUCGUGAACCUGCCACUGCCCAGCGGCAUCCCACGUUGGGCUCGUCAGGUUCUCAGUCUGGCGGCAGCGACCAGCAGCAACCUCCGAUGCCCUCGUCGAGACGUCGCUCGGCCGAGUUCCAGGCGGCCCCUGAACGGACGCCGGUGAAGUACGGCGCCAAUACUAAUACUAACCGGAAGAAAUGUUCGCAGCUUGCUGCAGACUUCUUCAAGGACAGUGUCAAACGGGCCCGGGAACGCAACCUGAGGCAGAACGAGAUCGAACAAAAGCUCGCCGAUCCCUCCCAGUCCAGUACCCGACUCGAGCAGCUAUGGCAGACUGGGGGCAAAAAAGAGGCCCGGUAUUUGCGCUUCCUGAGAACCAAGGAGAAGUGUGAAAAUUACACAACCAUCAUGAUCAUUGGCAAAGGUGGCUACGGAGAGGGCAAACUCGUCCAGAAAAAAGCUGACGGCAUUGUCUAUGCCAUGAAGUCCCUGAUCAAGAGGGACAUGUUCAAUGGGGAUCAGUUGGCCCACGUGCGUGCCGAACGAGAUAUUCUGGCCGAGUCAGACAGCCCGUGGUUGGUCAAGCUCUUCACAACAUUCCAGGACGCCAACUUCCUGUACAUGCUGAUGGAAUUCUUGCCUGGUGGUGAUUUGAUGACCAUGCUCAUAAAGUUCGAGAUCUUUUCCGAGGACAUUACGCGAUUUUACAUUGCAGAGAUUGUGUUGGCUAUAGAAGCAGUGCACAAGAUGGGCUUCAUUCACCGCGAUAUCAAACCUGACAAUAUUCUGUUGGACCGGGACGGUCACGUCAAGCUGACAGAUUUCGGCUUGUCAACCGGCUUCCACAAGCUUCAUGACCAAAAUUACUACCAGCAGCUCCUCCAUGGCAAGUCAACCGGACCAGGAGAUCGCAACUCGAUUGCCAUAGACCAAAUCAACCUAACUGUCAGCGACCGAGCGCAAAUUAACGAGUGGAGGAAGUCUCGCCGAGUUAUGGCAUUCUCGGCAGUAGGCACACCAGACUACACUGCCCCAGAGAUUCUCACUGGCCAUGGAUACAGCUGUGACUGUGAUUGGUGGUCAUUGGGAACGAUCAUGUUCGAGUGUUUAGUUGGCUGGCCUCCAUUCUGCGCGGACGACAGUCUCCAAACGUACAGGAAGAUUGUCAACUGGAGGCAGUCGCUGUAUUUCCCCGACGACAUCACCCUCAGUGCGGAGGCUGGGCAUCUCAUUCGCAACUUGAUCUGCAACACGGAAGUACGACUUGGCCGUGGUGGCGCGCACGAGAUCAAGAAUCAUUCGUUCUUCCACGGAGUCGAAUUUGCCAGCCUGCGUCGUAUCCGUGCUCCUUUUAAGCCCAUAUUAACGUCUGACAUCGAUACAACAUACUUCCCUACGGAUGAGAUUGACCAGACCGAUAACGCCACUGUGCUGGCCGCCGAGAACCUUGCCGCCAGCCAGACGGACAAUGACGAGACGCCAGAGAUGAGUUUGCCGUUCAUUGGAUACACUUUCAAGCGUUUCGAUAACAACUUCCGAUAA